GUAUCUCCCUCUCUCGUGUCCGUCGACUAUUGUCCGCAGCAGGUUUAAAACGACUCCUCUGCUGCUCACUUUUCAACAGCAUGACCAUGCGAUACUACUUGUCGGUUUCUCGGCUGGCGGCCGUUGUUUUUGUCGCGCUCGUCUCUCACGGCAUUCUGUCUGAUGCGCAGUCGGCCGAUAAUGAACCGAAUAAGAACGUCGUCAACGUAGACGUUUACUAUGAAUCGUUAUGCAGCGAUAGUAUGCGAUUUAUCGUAAAUCAACUCGUGCCGUCGUAUUCGCAAUUGAAACAACAUAUCGAUAUCACAUUUGUUCCUUAUGGAAAAGCUACGCACACGCGCGAAAGUGAAACCGGUCCGUGGCAGUUCUCGUGUCAACAUGGAGCCGCCGAGUGCCGUGGGAAUAAGGCCCAGGCGUGCGCGAUUCACUCCAUACGGUCCUCCGAGGCGGUCGAGAAUCAUCAGCCGCUGACGGUCAAUCUGGUCGGUUGUGUAAUGCCCGCUGAAAACCCGCCGUCCGCUGUCCCACAGUGUGCUCAAGAUGUCGGCUUGAGCGAAAAAACACGAAAGUUGAUCGACGACUGCAUCGCGAGCCCGCUGGCGGAUGAUUUGCUCGCGGAGAACGGCGACAAAACGCAGGCCCUCGAGCCACCCUUGAGAUUCGUUCCGACAAUCGUGAUCAACAAGGUAUAUUCGAAGGAAAAUCAGGACGAGGCACUAAGAAACUUCCCCAACCUCAUCUGUCGGCAUUUGACGGCAGAGGGAAAGCCGGGCAUCUGCAGUAGGGAGAAAUAAAGAAGAUGAAAGGAGAGAAAACCCACAGGGCCGAGUCGCGUGUUGAAAGUGCGGGGAUGGAUAAUCGCUCUGUCGAAAUAAAUGAUAUAUUUUGUCUAUAAUAUACAUAAGUACCUAUGUACAAAAAUAUAUACGAUUUGUCAAGUA